UUCUUUACUACUUAGCUGCUAGACCUAGCUGCAUCUGAACACUCACUGACCUAGGCUACUUGUCAGUGGUUGCCUAGCUCCAUUAGGCUAUAUGCUAGCCCCAUCCCUCGCCGAACACAGAAAAUACCACUGUCAAUUUUGUAGGAAACAUAGCGAACGUAACAGUAACUAUUUUCGGGAUUGUUAAAAGUGUAUUGCUUGGCGUGUUAACGUGACUUCGGUGCUUCAAUGUCUCCCCCCCUCCAUCUCGUUAUGCUUGUGCUCUGCAAGUGCCACAUAGCUGACAGUUCCCCCCGUCUGUUUUAGACUAGUGUCUGUCUCCUGAGUCUACUGUCUUGACGCAGAGUGUUACCAUUUUGUGCUCGCGGCUUCAGAUGUCUAUGACAGAACUUAUUAUGUGCAGUUUCGACCUCGGUCUCUAUUGGUGCCUCUCCACCUUUUCCUGAAAGUGAAACGGAUUUUAUGAGGGGUUCCCCCCACACUAAAGCCAAAUUAUUUUAUGCCCAUUAGUUGAUUUUUAAGAAAUGUAAGUGACAAUAACAUUCAGUAACUCACUUUGCAAUGCUGAUGAUCAAGCUAGGCUGUAUUUUACUGUCACCAUGCCUGUUGCUCCAGCUAGGCUGUAUUUUACUGUCACCAUGCCUGUUGCUCCUAAGGCCAUAGUAAAUAAAAUACAGUAUAGAGGUGUAAAAAAAAAAGGGGGUUAAACAUGGAUAGGGUGUAUGUGAGUCAAUCAGUGUAGUUUCCCUGCACCUGAUGUUUGUGUUUCAGGUGCAGAUGUUUGUUGUCAGACGUUUGUUGUGUGUGCUUUUUGUUAAAACCGUUUUAUGACAAAUGCAAUAUAUCUGCUUGAUGAAAUUACCCAAACCCUCACAAUUCUAUGUGCACAAUAGAAAAUAAAAUAAUUCAGAGAAUAAAAUUAUUAUUAUGUCUGGUUUGAAAUACUCUAAAAUUGACUUAAAUGUCUUUCUUUUGCUGUAUUUAUUUAGUGAGUCAGCAUGUGGAGGGUGAGCUACCAGCAGCUAGUAGUAGCAGCAAUGAAACAGCCUUGCCAGGUAACAGUGCAGUGGAAGAGCAGAGAGAUGCAGCAGCUCCUGAAGUGGCUGAGGAUGUGAGAGUGAGACAGGCAGCAGAAUGUGAGGUAGCCCAGCCGAGCUCUGUACUUGACAGUGACCUUGGCUUCUUCAUAGAUGCAACCAAAUCUAUUGAGGAAAUAGCACAGGCUGUGUGUCAGAUGUCUGAUGGCCAAAAGUACAAUUUGGUGAAAAACCACGUCAGACCUUCGAAACAUUUCAUUUUCCCAACUCCAUUUAUUGGUGGGUGCAACAGGGCAUUCAGGUAUGAUUGGUUUGAGGAGCAUGGAUGGUGGCUGGUUUACAGCAUGAAACUCGAUGGCGCUUUCUGCAUAUGCUGUGCUCUCUUUCUCAAUGCCACAGAGAGGAAACAGUCAACUUCACUGAUAAAUGCGCCCUUCAGUAAAUGGCAUAAGAAAACGAAGAUAAUUGGAAGCCACCAAUCGAAAGCAAACCAUUUAGUGGCAUUUGAAAGAGCAAAACUGUUUCGACAGUCACAUGAAAACCCCAAUACCCGGAUAUCAGUCCGUAUGGACAGUGCAAAGGAGACCAACAUCAAAGAGAACAGGCACAUUCUCAAGUGCGUUGCAGAGGCUGUUCUCUACUGUGGCCGUCAAUGCAUUGCACUGAGAGGAUCAGCUGAGCAGCAGCAUUGUAGUGGCAAUCCUGGGAAUUUCUUGGCCCUAUUGAAACUGCUUUCAAAUCACGAUGAAAAGCUGAAGCAGCAUUUGGAGAAACCAAAGCUAAAAAAUGCCACAUAUCUAUCACCUCAAAGCCAAAAUGAAAUGAUUGAUGUAAUAGGGAAGCACAUGAUUCAGGCCAAGAUCGUGGAAGAGGUCAGGCAUGCUCAGAUGUACACAGUCCUAGCUGAUGAGGUCACAUCCCAUAAUGAAGAGCUGAUGCCAAUGUGUGUUCGCUUCGUGGACAAAGACUUAAAUAUCAGAGAGGAGUUGCUUGAGAUUUGUACUUUGCCACGGAUCACAGGUCGCCACAUUGCAAGCGCGAUCAAAGAUGUGCUGAGUCAUCUAAGCAUAGAGAUUGCUGACUGUCGAGGCCAGGGGUACGAUGGCGCCAGCAAUAUGAGCAGCGAAAAUGUUGGCGUUCAAGCUUUGAUAAAAAAGGAUGCGCCUAAGGCAGUUUAUAUGCACUGCAAUGGGCAUUGCUUGAACCUUGUCAUUGCACGCUCUUGUGCUCUUCCAGUUGUGCGCAACAUGAUUGAUAAGAUGAAGUACAUCGUCAUGUUCUUCACCUGCAGCCCGAAGAGGGAACACCUUCUCAAGGAGGUUGUAGAUAAGGAGGCACAUUCUACCGGAAAGCGGAAGCCCCUGAUUGACCUCAGCCGCACAAGAUGGGCAGCACGGCAUGAUGCCUACAGUCACUUCUACAGUGCCUUUGUCGCAUCAAGGCUCAUGGGCCUAAUUCCAUCUGUCCAGUGCAACUCAGAUGUAACGGUGGACAUCUCUGAAGCAGUCGCUCUGUACCAAGAUGACUUGCCAUCACCAGAGGUCAUUGACCAGGAGCUGAAACGGUGGAAGUUGAAGUGGCAGGUCAAAGCAUUACACCAAAGACCAAGCUCAUGUGCCUCAGCUAUCAAAGAGUGUGAUGAGAUGAUGUAUCCGAACAUCUUCAAACUCCUGAAAAUUGCAUGCACCUUGCCAGUGACCUCCUGCGAAUGUGAGAGGUCUGCCAGUGUUCUCCGGAGACUCAACACAUUCAUGCGGAGCAGCAUGGGAGAGGACCGCAUGUCAUCCUUGGCUCUCAUCCAUACCCACUACGACAUGGCUCUGGAUCUGGAUGAAGCUGUCGAUCUAUACUCAAAAAUGCACCCAAGACGAUUGGAGCUGAUGAGCGUUCUGAUGCAAUAGAAGCCAUAGAAGAAGAAGAGGGAGACAUGGGGGUGGAGAGAUAGACAAUAAAGGACAGCAACAACAGACAGACAGAACAACAACAGAGACAGACAAUGGAGGGCAGCAACAGACAGGCAAUGGAAGAAAGCAACAGACAACUGAGGUGAGCAACAGAGACAGACAAUCACAGAUGUAGGAAGUUUGAGUAACACUUACAUUUAUAUCAAAUUCUUCAUUCUUGUUAAAGUUUUAAUGACUAUAGAGAUAGCUCAAUUGAAGCAAUUCAUGUCCAUUUAUGUUAACAGUGGGGAGCAACAGACAAAAAAUGAAGGACAGCAACAACAGACUCACAACAAACUUGACGAUGAAUAAAAUAUGUCUAAAUUAAAAGAUUUGAAGUGUGCUGGUGUAUUUAGGGGGCAUUGGAGUAGGGAGCCAAAUGAAGUCCACUUUCGGGGGGAAAAGAUCCCCCCCCACCACAAUGCUGGCUACGGGCCUGGUAGGAGAAGGGGCGGCCAGCGUCCUCGGAAGGGAAGGGCCCUGAACCGGCGGCGGUGUCCCUCUGGCGUGCUGCCGAGCCGGUCCAGGAUGGCCCUCCGCAGCUGCUUGUACUCAUGUCGAUCGGACGCUGGCAGGCUGUGGGCGGCUAGCUGCGCUUCCCCGGCCAGCAGGGGAAGAAGCCGCACAGCCCACUCCUCCUCCGGCCACCCGCACGCCGCCGCAGUGCCCUCAAAUAUGUCCAGAUAAGCCUCUGGGUCGUCGUCGGCUGACAUCUUCUGGAGGGCAAUCUGCGGCGGCCGGGCGGGGUUGGUCACCGGCUCGGCCUCCCGGGCGGCCGGACGCUGCAGCAGCUCCCGCAGGAGAGCACGGUCCUCCCGCUGGCUGGAGGCGAUUUCGAGGAGAGCCUCGCUCUGCUGACGUUGCAGGGCAGUGGUGCUCUCCUGCAUGAGGGCGAGACGCUGGAGGGCCUGGCCCAGCGGGCUUUCUCCUUCCGUCAUCUGAGGGGUUCAGGUCCCUGUUCAGGCGCCACUGUGAGCGGGAUGGCUCAGGUAAAAGGCAAGAGACGGAAGCGUUCGGGGUUGGGCAAAAACAACAGCGUUUAUUCCUCAAGAAAUGUGCACAAAACAGACAGCUCCGCUGUACUUUUAGGACGGGCAAGGCCAGGACGGGGUGUGUCGUCUUCCUAGGAUCCAGCCUACUGCAAGACAGACCAGAACCAGGUUACCAACAUGCUUUAUAUUAAAUGCCUGAUCACCUGAUUCCGAUCAGCUGUCUGGUCUCCGGCCGAGCCACUCCCCUCACCCCAGCAGCCGGCGCUCUAACCACACCCGGCUGCCACAAUGAUAUACUGUACAUUCCUGUUAUAAGUGUUAUAUUAUUUUGCUUGUGUUUG